CUGGUACUGAGCCUUUAUUGUCACAUGAAUCCGACCGACACACACUCAUACAUAUGGUCUCCAUGUGAAGUCUCCCUGCGCGGUCAGUCGUGGCCAUCCAUACAGACAUACAGACAGACAGACACGGGAAAAGUGUCUCUAGCUAGUGAAUGAAGUCUUCGUCCCCCCAUCACCACACACACACACACACACACAUCCACACACACACGCGCGAUUAAUUCACCAUCCAUCCAUUCAUCCAGUCCGUCGGUCAGUCAGUCCGUCAGUCAGUUGAAAACCUACCUACCCGACCGACGAAGCCAUCCACUCCAGGAAUGACCAACAGGGAGGCUCGGCCACCUCACCUGGUCGGUCAAUCAUUCACACACAUCACAUCACAUCAUAUGGCCUGUGGCUGUACACACAUAAGGCAGGCGCACACAUCGAGGGAUGGGUGGGUGUGAGGGAGGAGGAAGGUCGGCAGGCAGGCAGGCAGGCAGGCAGGCAAGCAGGCAGGGCAGGGAAGUAAGAAGGAAUGCCACGCCAAAAGGGAGUGAGUCGCCAAGCUGCACUCGUGUAACUGAGCGGUAAGCGUUUAGCGCUCUCUCUCUCUCUAUACUCGUUGGUUCGAAAAGGCGUCUCUCUCUCUCUUCCUUCCCUUUGUCCGCCGCGGCUCACCAUGCAACGGCCAUCUCAGCACAAGAGGACCUUACGCUGAGGUGAGCCUCGCAUGGCAGCUCUCCACGGGCAAGAGGGAGGGAGAAAGGGGCACACGACGGCCAGCCACGCAGCACCACAGACACAACUGCACUCACGCACACGGGCAUGGGCGCAUCUUUCCCUCCCUUCGUCCCUCAGUUCCUCCCUCCUCCCUUUAUCCACCACAGACGAGACGUCUCUUGUCAGUCAGUCACUACAGCUACCGGCGGCCUGGCCCCUCUCAUGGCUGGCAUGGCAUGGCAUAGCAGUACACUCACUCACUCACUCACACAAGCCCACACGCAUGCACACAUGCCCGCAGCGCAGCACGAUAUGUGUGUGUGAUAAAAGCAGAGCAAGCAGCCAUAGAAGAGGCGGCAGCGACACAGACAUGACGUACACACACAUGUACUGCAGGUCGGCGAGUGAGUGAGUGGUGGUGGGGUGGGUGGGGGCUUAAUUGCCAUCACAUCCAUCAUGUGUGCACACGUGGAUCGGAUCACAUGGGUGCCAUCGUCGAGUCGAUGCGUCUCCAGCCAGCCAGUCAUCUGUCUAGCUACGUUGGUGGGUGGGGGAGGGGUGGGAUGCUAUGCUACAGGCUGCCUGCCUGCCGGCUGGCCAAUCAAGGGCGGGCGGCAAUUACUCGUCCUCAUCGUCCAAGUCUGACACACACACAGACAGACAGACAGACGGACACGGGAUGGAUGAAUGGAUGGGCCACAGGCAUGCUAUGCUGCACCUGUGUGUGUGUGUGUCGUGUGUGUGUCUUACUGUCGAGUCCGUAGACGCGGUAUCGUUUGAUGGCGCGGGUGGUCUUGAGGGUGUUCAGAAUCGCACUCUUGAAACACUGCAGGCACCAAACAAAGACACAUGAAUGGCCACACACACGGAUAGGAUAGGAUACAAAGUGGGCGGAUGUGUGUGAUGCCGUGUGUCUGGUGUGUGUGUCGCUGACCUUACCUUCUCCUUGCUCUUCUUGAAGAGGGGCUUUAAGGUCUCGUCAACCUUGAAGUACUGACCCCUGCAGUAUACAUGACAGCACACCACGUGUCAUGUAUGUCAGGUGGACGUUCAUUCAUCUCACCCCUCCCUCCCUCCCUCCCUUUUCCCUCCCUGCCUGUUCUUUCGGCUCACUUUUUGGCGAGUGCUUUGCUAAGGUCUGUGUGUUCGCCCUGCCCCUCCUCAGCGGCCAUGGCCUUGUCAGCCUCCCCCUCGGCGGCCUCCCCAGCCGUCCCGGAGCUGCCGCCGCCCUUCUUCUUCUCGGUCGGGAUCAGCAGGUUGUUAUCCGUCACAUACUCGAGGAUCUUGUCAACUAUCUGCACACACACACACACACACACACAGCGACACAGUGAUGUCAAGAUUGUGUGUGUGUGUGUGUUGACCUCCUGCUCGGUGAAGCGUGCGGUUUUGUCGGGCGACAUGAAGUUCUGCAACGCGUCUGACAGAUAGUUCAUCAUCCGACCUGCACACAUACACACAUGCCAUCGCACGCCAUGCCAUGCCACACACACACAAGGGCUCCUGUGUCCAUCCAUUCCCCUCCCUCACCCCAAUCCCAUGUGUGUGCGCCUCCCUCCCUCCCUCCCUCCGUGUCCGUCCAAUAGCCUCAUGGCCUGCCUACCUCGUCCCUGGUACAUGGAGUUGUCCUUCUUGGAUUUGCCCUUGCUGCUCUUAUUGCGACUCGAACCACUGGCGUAUCGACUCGAACCCAACUACACACAGAUACACAGCAGAGAAAGAAAAAGUAAAGAAGGAAGGUACGAAACACCACACCCACACACGGCACCGUACCGCACCGCCCCCAGCCGCGUACCUUACGGCGCUUCCCACCCUCCCCAUCAUCCUCCUGCACAGCACACACAACGUGGACAAAGCAGAUGGAUGACACACAUGGACACGACACAUGCCAUGCAUGCCAUGCCCCCCGCCCCGCCCCGCUCCUGACACCGACGCACUCCACUGCACUGCACUGACCACUGACCUCUUCCUCUUCCUCGUCUUCGGCGUCGGCCUUGGCCUUGGCUCGUUUUUUCUUUUGAGUCCUUUUGCCGCCGGCCUUGCCGCCGCUUUUCUUCUUGGGCUGGUCCUCGUCGCCCUCCAUCUCAUCGUCCUCGGGCUCGUCCUCCGCCUUCUCGUUGUCCGUCUCACCGCGACCGCGAUUCUUCUUGCCUGACAGACAGACAGACAGACAGACAGACAGAUAGACAGACAGAUGAUUGGAUGGAUGUCGAGGGAUGGGUGGCAGCUUAGCUACGAGUGUGCUACUCUACCCACCUUUGCCGCCCUUGGGUCGUGACUUGCCGUUGGGUUUCUUGGCCCCCUCGUCCUUGGAGGUCUCGUCGUUGGCACCGCCGUCCUCUUGGUCGCUGAAUGAAUGAUCCAACCAACGAUGGACGGACGGACACCACGCACACACACACAUCUGUGCUGUGCGCAGGGUGUCACAAGCCAUGGCAUGCGUCACUCACGCACUCGUUUUCGUCGUCGUCUUCAGCCAUUUCCUCGAGGACGCGGUCGACGGUGGUCUUGAUCCAGGCCUUCUUGGCCGUCAUGUCCACGUGGAAGAAAUCGCCCAACUGCUCACUGGCCGUCCACACACCACACCACACCACACACAAACACAUUAACACAAAACGGUGACCGACCUCUGUCUGCGAUUCGGUACUACGGGAUAGCGGUUGCGCACCAACCGUAUUUUCUUGAUGCUGAGUUGCUCGAGUGAGGUGCCCUUCAUGAUCUCGCGAAUCUUGUCAGCUAUGGUGUCGUCAGAGGGCAUCUCGCCAGUGCCUAAACCACACCACGUACGGAGCGGAGAGCGGCGCAUCUUUCACAAAUCUCCCUUCGGCGGCCAUCCCCCUUCCAUCCCCCCCACCGUUCACAGCACCAUUGACAGCCGCCGCACCUGAGAAACGCACAGCGAAUGUCAUCACUGGCCGAAUAAAAGGCGAGCAUCGCUUCCUCUGACCUGGCGCGCCCUCUGCGGCGGGUUCGGCUGGUGCGGCCUCGCCGUUGCUCUGCACGUUGGGCUGCUCCUCCCGCUUGACUGCAUGACACACACGAGACACAAACCGCACACAGCGACGCACCAGGGACGCGAUGAAAGGCAUCGCACGCCAAAGGGGCAGAUGCGUGCAGCCCUGUCCGUGUGAGUGAGAUGGUGACAAGUUCGGGAUGGGUUCGGUCUCACCUUCGGCAGAGGCCUCCAUGGCGCCGGUAUGAGAUAGAUGCCGCUGGGCUACUUGGGUCGGCAGGAAGCGAUAAGUAAAAGGAUAAAAAUCUACACCUCCCCAAAACACGUC